GUAAGCAAUCGAUAUGUGGAUACAUUCGAGUCACGGGCGCAGUACAUCAACACGCAUGGCCUUGAGUGCAUGGCGUCGUGCGAGCUGCUCUAAGUGCGGCGCGUAGGGCUUAUCUUAGCUCGCGCGGCCGAUACGCCUCACUUGAUCACUGACCGCCGCCGCCUCCGCAGGCGCUGCCGGCUCUAUCGCACACCGCGUUGUUUACAUACGUACGAAAUGCCGGCUCAUUAAAUACACCACUCUAAACAAACACUUUGAUUCAACUUCUAACAGUACAGUGAACAAUUUUAAAAAUGUGGCUCAGUGGUAUUUUACUAGUGGUUUUACUAUUCCUAACAGCUUUGUUAGCUGUUUUUCACUAUACGUCCAGAGGAAGAAAGUAUUGGUUAAACAGAAAUGUGCCUUACAGGGAACCUUGUCCCUUAUUUGGGAACUUUGGUGCGACGUUUACUAUGAGAAGAAGUUACACGCGAAUGUUAAAGUUUUUUUAUGAUAACUACAGAGGAUAUAAAUUUGUUGGACUGUUUCAAGCUCGUAGACCAACCUUGAUGGUGUUAGAUUUAGAUGUGGCUAAAACCGUAUUCUCUAAGGAGUUCCAGUGCUUCAGCGAUCGCGUGUCGGUGUCAACAGAUACACAACGUGAGCCGCUGCUUCGUAACCUGGCCAACAUGAGUGGAGCUGAGUGGAAGGCAAUGCGACACAUCGUAACACCAACCUUCUCGUCUGCUAAGAUGAAGGCUAUGUUUCCAUUGAUAGCUGAAUGUGCUCAAACAUUGAAAACCGUUAUGUUGGAAGAAGCUGUAGAAGAUAUGAAUGUACCCAGUGUCAUGAUGCGAUUUACCACCGAUGUUAUUGGCAGCUGCGCUUUUGGCGUGGAUCCUGGAGCCCUCAAAGAUCCAGAAUCACCAUUCCUCAAGAUGUCGCAGAAGAUGUUUAAGCUCGAUCGCAAAACAAUCCUCAAACGAUACUGCCGCGCGUUCUUCCCCAGAUUAUUCAAAUUAUUGAAUCUGCGAUCUUACGAACCUAGCGUAGAGACUUUCUUCACCUCUAUCAUUAACCAGGUUUUGUCAGAGAGAAGGUCUGGAGUUCAAAGACACGACUUUCUUCAACUUAUGUUAAACGAACAAAAGACGGAUUCAGGUUUCUUAAUGACGGAUGCCCUAAUAACGUCUAACUCAUUCAUAUUUAUGCUUGCGGGAUUGGAGACGUCGGCGACCACUUUGUCUUUCUGUUUGUACGAAUUGGCAAAAGACAAAGAAAUACAAGAUAAUUUAAGAAAGGAGAUAUUGGAAUGUUUGGAAGAGCACGACGGGCUGAACUAUGAAGCUGUGACAGCGAUGCGGUUGGCGUACCAGGUGGUGGCGGAGACGCUGCGGCUGCACCCGCCCACGCCGAUGACCACGCGGCUCUGCACGGCGCCCUGCACGCUCGACGGAGAACUCACGCUCAAAGUCAGGGACCCCGUGCUAAUACCCAUACAUUGCAUUCAAAGGGACGCAAGAUAUUUCCCAGACCCAGACAAAUUCGAUCCAGAGCGGUUUAAAGAUGAUUUAAAUCCUCCUGGAUUUAUGGCCUAUGGAGAAGGACCAAGGAGUUGUCCCGGUGCACGCUUCGCGCAGCUGACGGUGGUGGCCGGCUUAGCUUCAAUCCUCAGUACCUUUGCGGUGGUUCCCUGCGAGCGAACCACUCCUCGAAUCCAGUACGACCCAAGAAGCGUCAUGCUGAAGAACAAAGGAGGAAUAUGGCUGAAAUUUGAAGCUUUGCAAUAACAGAGAAAAACAAAACUUUUUGGUAUAAGCUCUAAGAAGUGCAAAAUGAUAAUUGCACUGGUGAAUGUGUAUGCGAAUGUCAGAAACAUUCUUUACGCCAGAUAAAUGUUGCAAAAGCUGUAUGAUACAUCUUCUAGUAAGUUGUUGACCCAGAAAAAGACGAGGAAAAUUGAAAUAUAACUAUUUGUCUCUAUUUUAAAUAAGGUCAAUGAUCUAAUUGUAGUUACACAAAAAAACCCAACGUUCCUCCAAUAAAGACCUAUGUAUGUAGUGAGUUAGAACCUUACAGUUUUAAAGUAAAGGAGAUUGUGUAUUUUGUUCUAGGCGCUGUAUGUGGUCCGAUUGUAAGCCAAGUCGUGAUUUAUAUUUUAAACAAAAUUAUGUUGUUGUUGGGUUAUAACUGAUUAGAUUAGAAAACUAUUCUCCCUGUUAUAGAUAUGAGUUAAAGUUUAGUUUUAUCAUAAAAGUCAUGUGAUAUUAUCAACUCACAGUUACUUAACCAGACGCAUUGCUCUGAUUCAUCACUACGCUCCAGGGUGGCUUUAAUGUAUUCAUGGCAUAAAAAAUGGAUAUUGUAUUUCAAUUCCCAAGUAAUAUUGUCUUACUGAAAAGUCCAGAAUAUUGCACUUGGUACCUGAUGCUUGUGGGGUGCUAAAAGUUAUAUCACGGAACACUAACCACGAGGCGUGGCUCCCACCUGGCUGGGUUUUUUCUUCGCCAUAAGACUUAACAAUAACUAUAUAGUGUUAAUUAACACAACUUUAUUAUUUGUGGUUUGAGAGCGUGUAAAUUGUUUGCUAAGAAUUCUCUUAUUUAUUUUAUUUUAGGUGUGAUUUUUAAGUCUAUUAUGUAACUCGGAUAUAAUAAAAUAUAACUCGGGUUUUCAGCUAAGGCGUUAAGUUGAUAAUGAUUGCAAACUUGCAGUAGUUAUAUAUUGCAGUGGUAGUUCAAGUUUACCUAUGUAGGUACUACUAUCGUUUAUUUCUGUUUACUGAACUGAGUCCAAUAGAGAGCUUCGCUAAAUUGUUUCUAACUGCUAGGUUCUUCAGUAAGAAACUGUCGAAGACGACGCCGCAGGCUCGAGCCUUUCUAUUAUAUUGAACUUAACUACAGGAAAACAUUGACGUGACAAUUAGAAACCACGUUCAUAUAUUAUGAAUACUCAAUAAUUCAGCAUAUCAUUGUCUUUCUCUUUGAACGGUGUGACUCACCCGGAAGCAGUUAUCGUAAACUAUAAUACUUAUAUUCUAUUGUUUUAGUUACAAACUACAUUCUUGUAUGCAGAAUAGCAUUUGAGUCCACUGUGACAUGUGAAUAAUUAUGUCUUUAAUCGAUUUGUGAUCGUGCAAUACAAACCCAUUUUUAAUUUCUAGUUUAUUUUUCCUCGAGUUAAAAUUUUGAUUGACAAGGAUAAGAUAACAUAUUUCAGCUGGAAAAUACUUUGAGAUUGAGAGAACAACACUUUUCUGACAUAGAAUGAUGAAAUGAAAUGCUUAAAGAAGUUAGAGCGAAGUAACAAUCUGUAAAUAUUGUCUGCAAAAAUAAUAAAAUGCUUCAUUAAACUUUUAGACGGAAAGCUGUAAAUUAUAUAAAUAGAUUAAAAACGUAGCUAAAUUGCAAUUUUUUACUAACACAAUGAACUAUAAAGUUUACCACUUAAUUUAUUUGAUGAAUAAAAUAUGAAGCGGAUCUUCUGCUAUUGAUUAUGUGUUUGCCGAGCCGCAGAGGCGAUGUUUAUCGAUCAGCUGCAUCAGUGAGCAAUCACUGAACGCACGCUGCGGCUAAUUGCUCAUGUAAUUGCGCUAAAUAUCGACCGACAGAAGGGUCUUUUUAUUAGUCUUUGGCCUGGUUAAACGACGACUCGAAUAUAGAGUGGGCUCCGUGUCUAUUUUUAAGUUACUUUGUUUUUUUACACUAGCUAUUGUAUGUACCAGAUAUCUUCGAAGCCAUCGCUUUCUGCUGUAUCUGAUACAGAAAACUGGUUUAUAAUGUUUAAAUUAUUGCACUACGUUUUAUGUUUGGCAUUAUUUUUUUAAUGAACUCCGUUUUAUUCAUAGUUUAUAAGCGUGUUGUUGGUGUAUCUAGUUUAUGUUCUCUACAAUGAAAGCAUCUGGCAAUCUAAAUGCAAAGGUAUUAUUGAAUAUCCAGGUUACAACAGCUCUGCGGGGCUUGAUGACAAGUCUGAUAGCCGCCUUCUUUAUCUAACAUCAGAUAAGUAUUUCUGAACGAACGAAACACAACAGACAGUGACCUUUUGUUAGCAACCAGCUAUUUAUUAACUGCUAAUGAAAUAAAUAAAACAACAUUUGUAAAUUAUGGACUCGACCGUUAACAAAUAGACACAAUAAUUUUGCACCUUGUGUUGAAUGUUUACUGUGAGAAUGAUUAAAUGUAUAAGUUUUACGUCAUUAAUUAAAACUACUGUAGAUAGUCUCAAAUGCCUAAAACUUAUUUAACUUAAUGCUACUUAAUUAAUCCUUAUGUUAAAAAUAGACUUGAAUUUAUUAUAGCCAGAUAGUACU